GCAAGCUUCGAGUUGGCAUCAGUGGCUUGCGCUCUCGAGAGCCGUUAGCAGCGUACGCGUAUACGCCCCGCGUCUCUCUGUACGUCAAGUGUCGAAGAUAAAGUUGAAAUGGCGAUUGUUUUGUUCGUUCGGUACCCUUGAUCGCGACUUUUUUUUCGUCCAUUGAAACGAGUGCAGUGCAGUGUGGAUCUAUUCCGAUGUAGUCCUUCGUGGCUUCAACGUCAGUGUCUCAGUUUGUGUUUGAAAGAGCCGAGCCGUCACAAUGCCAGGCUUGAUAAGUGUGAAUGAGUUUGUGGAGGAGACCCGUGAGGAUUAUAACUCUCCGACCACCUCUACCUUUGUUUCUCGGAUGCCACAAUGUCGCCAAUCAGUGAAUCAACUAGAAGAGACGCUGGACUACGACCGAGAUGGGUUGACGAAAAUGAAGAAGGCCAUCAAGGCGAUCCACAAUUCGGGAAACUCGCACGUGGGCAACGAGAUGUACUUGUCGCGCGCGCUGGAGCGCCUCGGGGGCACCGCCAUGGAGAAAGACUCCGAGCCGGACAUAGGUGCGGCCUUCCUCAAGUUUGCCGUCGUCACCAAGGAGCUGUCAGCCCUCAUGAAGACGCUGAUGCAGAACAUCAACAACAUCGUCAUGUUCCCGCUCGACACGCUGCUCAAGGGGGACCUGCGGGGCGUCAAGGGCGACCUCAAGAGGCCGUUCGACCGCGCGUGGAAGGACUACGAGACCAAGUACACCAAGAUCGAGAAGGAGAGGAAGGCGCACGCCAAGGAGGCGGGCCUCAUCCGCACCGAGAUCACCGCCCCGGAGGUGGCCGAGGACAUGGAGAAGGAGCGGCGGCUGUUCCAGCUGCAGAUGUGCGAGUACCUUAUUAAAGUCAACGAAAUCAAGACAAAGAAAGGAAUAGAAUUGCUACAGCACUUGGUAGAAUAUUAUCAUGCGCAAACCAAUUACUUCCAAGAUGGUCUCAAAACCAUUGAACACUUUGGGAGCUAUGUAGCAGACCUCUCAAAUAAACUUCAGAAAAUCAGACAGAAACAAGAUGAAGAGCGUCGUCGACUUUCUGAACUGCGAACUCUGUUAAGAAAUGCCCCCGGUCUUGAGAAGGAGCAACAUCCACGUACGCAUGAAAAUCCACAAGCACGUGGAAACCCCAUUGUGACAGGACCAGAAAAAGUCCCUGAAAGAUCAGAACGGGUGGCCAAUUCUACUAAUGAUAGAGGUACAGACAAGAGUGGAGGCUACUCUCUUCACCAGCUUCAAGCAUGUGACAAACAAGCUGGCAACACUCGAACUGGACACCUACUCAAAAAGUCUGAAGGCAAGAUGAGGAGAGUGUGGCAGAAAAGAAAGUGUUCCGUUCAAGCUGAAGGAUUCCUGGACAUUUGUCAUGCAGAUGAAUCCAAACCUCCUACCAAGGUUAACCUUUUAACAUGCCAAAUCAAACUUGUUCCUGACGAUAAACGCUGUUUUGACCUUAUCUCAUAUAACCGGACAUACCACUUUCAAGCUGAGGAUGAAGCUGAUCAACGGGCGUGGAUGUCAGUUCUAGUUAAUUGUAAAGAAGGCGCUUUACAUCGGGCAUUUGAUGACAGUGGAAAAUCAGGUGGAUCGAAAAUUAACCCUAGCCUUUUAGAACUGCAGCAAGCUAUAAUUCGUUAUGUGCAAAAACUUCCUGGUAAUGACAGAUGUUGUGAUUGUAAUUCUCAAAAUGAUGCUACUUGGCUCUCAACAAAUUUUGGUAUAAUAGUGUGUAUUGAAUGCUCCGGCAUUCAUAGGGAGAUGGGUGUUCACAUUUCACGAAUACAGUCAUUGACACUUGACAAUGUUGGAACUUCCCAAUUAUUAUUAGCUAGGCAUAUGACAAACAAUGCCUUUAAUGACAUAAUGGAAGCAAGUCUACACUGUCCUAAACUUAGUCCAAAUAGUACAAUGGAAGAACGAUAUGAAUAUAUUCGUGCCAAAUAUGUUGAUAAGAAAUUUGCCAUCCAAACCUGUGCUGAUGAAAGAGAUUUAUUGAGUGACUUAGAACAUGCUGUCAAUAAUAGAAAUCUUUAUCAUUUACUUCAAGUGUUUGCUGAGGGUGCUGACUUUGGCUCACCUUUACCAACAUCUGAUAUAGGGGAAACUGCACUUCAUUUAGCAGUUGUUCGGGAGCUUGGUGGUUCAUUGCAUAUUGUUGACUUUCUUGUACAAAAUAUGCCCAGCCAAGCAAUUGAUAGAGUUACCGCCAACUUCAGCACUCCAGGAACACCUGCAGGAACUCCUGGCAGUGGACAACAUUCACCAAUAUCUAAUGCUAGAGCUGGAAAUUCUGCCCUUCAUUUGUGUGCAAUUCAUGAUAGAGUAGAGUGUAUGAAGCUUCUUAUUCGGAGUGGAGCUGAUCCUAUGUUAAAAAAUGCAAUGGAUAAAACUGCUUUAGAUUUGGCUCAAGAAAGAGGUCACCAUUCAUGUGAAGAACUGUUGAGGCAUGCUUUACAAAGGCAGAAAAGUGUAUUUGACAAUAUCAACAUUGAUUGGAAUUUAUCCCAUGAUGAAGGGUCAACAGAUUUCUCAGAUGAUGAAACAGUUAUUGAAGACAGGAAUGGAUGCAUCACACCAGAAAAGAAAAGCAGAUCCCGUCCUCCUAGUUAUGCUGGGGCUGGGCGAGAGUCACCAGUCAAUAUUCGCUCUAGAUCUUCGACUUGUGAUAGCCUCAAGUCUGGAAGUAGCCCUAAUACCUAUAGACAAAACAUGGCUCCACCACCUCCACCACAAAAUAGGAAACCCUCCAUAGGUUGGAAUGUGGGCUUAUCUCGCUCAAAGUCACUCUCCAACACAAGGUCAUUUUUCUCCAACAUUUUGACGGGUGUGAAUGCCCAUGGAAGUUUGAAGAAGCGUGCGGCACCCAUGCCGCCCAUGUAUGGGACACUACCAAGCAAUUCAAGUCACUCACGAACACCGUCUGAUCCUUCCCUCCAACUCCAGGGCUUUCACACACUUAGUCAUCACAAACGAUCGCCAUCAAGCGAGUCAGGAUCACAUGCCUCCACCUUGGCUGCUUCUGGAAAUAGGGGAUCUAUUCCUUCAGCAAUUCACCUUGUUGGUGCCAAAUUAGUCAUUCCCCCCGGAGAAGUCCCCAUGUUGAAGCCUUCUUCCUCCAUGGAUAAGUCAGGUGUACGGAGACCUGUUGGGCCCCCUCCACCAGUUCCGCCACUGGGACCAGGGAUUGGCUCUGGUGGUGGUCCAUUGAGAAUGACGAAUGGUCGAUCUUCAGAAAGCAUAUCAUCUAUGUCCAGCGACAUGGAGCAAGCGGUCUUGGGAGUUGGAACAAGUGCACACAACCCUGUACCACCACCUAGAAAGAGAAAAGACAGGGGGCUUCUGAGAGGCCUUGAAGGUAUAAACUAUAUUAGGGCUUACCCUUAUCCUCAAAUGCCAUACUUCUACUGUCCUUUGCCACAACAACAACAACAACCUCCUCCUGGAAGUCCUCACGGGAGUCCAUCCGAUAUGGAAUUGAAUCCGAACCAUUCCAACCUUAAUCUCCGUGGUGCUGGAACUCCUACUACACCGCAGUCAGCUAUCGGCACUAGGAGAUGUAGGGCGCUUUACGACUGUGAAGCUGACAAUGAGGAUGAAUUGUCCUUUAGGGAAGGAGAAACAAUUAUUGUCACUAAUGAACAAACUGAUGAUGAAAAUUGGAUGGAGGGAGUAUUAGAAAGAGCGCCUGAUAUUAGAGGAAUGUUUCCUAUUAGCUUUGUUCAUAUGCUUCCAGAUUGAAUUCAUCUCAAGAAGGUAUGUUAAAGUUUUCAAACUUUCCUAUUUAGUCAUACAGUUAUGUGUAAAUUGGCCUCAUUUUCACAAAUGUUAACCAAAAGUUUGAUGGGUUAUAGUGUCUGAGCCGUCAGUAGAACAACAAAAAUGUAUUUUCAAAGGAUUUCUUGUAUGGAACAUUGUUGUAUGCAUGCUUAGCUCUCUUGUUAGGUUUCUCAUACAACAUAUCUAUUCUUUUUUAGUUUUCUGUCAUCCCUUUAGCAUGUUUCACUUGUUAUCAGUGCACAAAUGAUAACAUGGCCUGAAGGAUUUCAAUACAGAAAAGCUCAUAAACUUGCACAAACUUACCGUAAGUAAUCUGCUAUUUUAGCAAUUAUAUUUCAUCUUGCACAAGUUGAUUUUCCAUACCCUAAAGAAAAUUGGGAGACGUAAGCCGGAAAAAUCCUUGUAAUCACUCUGCCUGGCUUGUGCCCAUGCAUACCUGUGCUACAUUGCAUUUGCUACUUUUUUAAAAAUUCUACUUCUAUAGAUUGUUUUUUGUUUUUCUUCUUGAUAUUAUUUGACCUUUUGUUACGAAUCCCAAAGGUCCUUAAGGUUUCAUUUGUUUUUCAUUGGUUAACAUUACUGUUUUUAUUAUAUUUGCUCAUAGUACAGUAAAACCUGGAGACAGCAUAUUUACAGUGCUGUGCUGUGUCUAGGUAGUUUCAACAUGUUUAGGGCAACGUGUCUGUGAAUGUAGGUUGUGUGUACUUUUAAGAAUCAGACUAUACAUUAUGAAUUCUAAUUACUUCUGGUUCAUUAUUUUUAAAAUUAUGCUGCAGUUCAUAUACUUUUACUGUUAUCUGAAUAUUUGGGUAUUUUUGUAACAGAAUUUAAGGGCGUUCAUCUCGGUUUUCCAAGGAGAGGUUUUGGAUGGCAGAAGAAGUACCUUUUAAUCUUGUAAUUUGGUGCAAACAUAACUUUGACAUUGGUUUUAGAAUCUGCUAAAAAAAAAGAGAAAGUAGCUAUAUCACUAACCCAGAUGACUUCAAAACUAUAACUCUUGAAAUCCACAAGUAGCCCAAAGAAUAAGUUAUUGCUGUGAAAUGCAUUAGUUUUAUAAUUACUUUUCUUGUGAUACCGCUAUUUCACAGCACAAGAAUAGUACCCAGAUGUGGGUAUUAAUGCUUUAAAUGUAGGUUUUAGGCAGCAAUAUUGUUUUAGCAAUUUUUCAUAGCUGCCCUGCAACACUUGAAGCCAAAGAUGUGGGAUGAAAUCCCUUUUGUUUUUAUUGUUUAAUUUCUUCUGUUGUUAAGUCUUAUGUUCCUCUCUAAUCAUACAGAAAUGAUGUAUAUUUACCAUUAGUAUUUUGAGAUUGACUUGUAAAUAUCUUAUAUUUAUAGAACUUUAUAGAUAUUUUAUGUGUAUAUGAUUUAUCUGUGUAUUCAUAGUUCUAUGUAAUUUGUGUCUGAAAGCCGUAAGUGUAUAAACAUUAUGAUUUUCAUGUUAUCGAUUGUUCAAUCUAUUAUUUAUGUGACUAAGACUCUCUGUUGACACUUCAAAAAUUCUGACUAGACAUUGAGUCAGCCUAUUGGACAACGAUGAUCAGAAUCUGAACUGCCCGCUGAGAGUAUGAACGAAAUUACGAAUGGCCUCUAUCUUCCUUGUUGUGCUCAGAACUAAGAGAAAGAAAAGGCCAUCCUUUAACUAUGAUUUUAAACAUUCUUAUGUAUCUGAAUGUAGUAAAUAUCUAAAUAUCUCUUCCACAGUAUACCUAUAUGAUAGUAUAUAUGUCAUAAUUUCCUGUUCUUUUGAUUUAUAAAACUCUUUGUGACCUUUUGAUGUUUUUUGUGUGUUUGGGUCAGUUUGUCUGUGAUGUUUUUACCUCACUGUAAGACUUUGCUUGAAAACUCAUUGAUUCAUAUAUCCUAAAGAUCUGAAAAGAUAAAUACUCCAAGCACAACAAGAGCUGUUGAAAGUCAGUCCACUAUGUUACCAGUGUCUUCCUUUGCUCUUUUUCUCCUUUGCAUUGAGGGCUGUUUAAUCACCCUAACAGCAACUUAUGUUAGUUUUUUAUUAAGUAAUGUUUUUAAUUUGACACUGUAAAGCCAUCUAUGACAUCUAAAGGUAAAUUGCUAAUAAGGGAACUGAUAAAAAAAUUAAAUCAUUCUAAAGUGCUUAUUGUUGACUCUUGUGAUGAAUGUUUGUUCUAAACAGUAAAAGGGCAGUGAGUUCCUGUUUAUCGGUCUGUAAUACUGUGGUACUGACAGAAAUUUCGUCCUGUUGCUUAAGUCAUGUUUACUCAGAAAGAUUAAUAUUUCUCAUAGCUUGCUAUUUUAUUCUUUUAAUUUUUAUCUUUCCUUGUCACUUUUUAUUUUGUUUUCAUCAAAUUGACAUAGACAAAGAGAAGUGGAAAAACUAUUCUGGUGUAGAUAUGAAAUUGGAUAUUUUAACAAGGGCAGUCGGCUCUUGUCCCUUAACAAUCUAGUCUUUCAGCCGGUAAGUGAUUGCUUUGUUCUGCCGAGCUGUUAGUGAGUGUCGGUUUCAAAGAGAGAGACACCUUUAUUCUGUUGUAGAGUAUUGUUGUUUCUAUCAAUAAUAAAAUCCUUCUGGACUUAA